AUGGCCCAAUCUAUGGGAGCAACAAGGUUUGACGCAUAUGUUGACUCUCUGCUAGUCAAUAACCAGGUAAAUGAAACUUAUGAAGCUAAGGACGAGUUAAUGGCAAAGUAUUUGGCUAAGACCAAGGAGCUCAUAGCUUCCUUCAAUUGUGUCACGCUUAAUCACGUCCAUCGAGGAAGAAACCAAAUAGCAGACGCCUUGAGCAAGCUUGCUACUUCGGGUAUGGAAAGAGAAGUAAAGGUAGAAACAUUACAAACACCUUCCAUUAAACCCCGGGAAGUUUCCGCCAUCAUAGCGGAGGAACCUUGUUGGUACACUCCGAUCCUAAAGUUCCUCACAAAGGGGGAAUUACCCCCUGCCAGAGGCGAAGACCAAAAGAUAAAAACCAAGGCGUUGCAAUAUGAAGUAAACAAUGGCGUCCUGUAUAGAAAGUCAUAUUUGGGACCACUACUGCGGUGUGUAUCCCCAGCAGAAGCAAAAUACCUAAUCCAAGAAAUACACGCUGGCAUAUGUGGCAUUCACGCUGGACCCCCGACAGUGGUCGCCAAAAUCCACAACGCCGGGUACUAUUGGCCUGGGAUGCAUGAAGACGCAGUAGAUGAGCUCAGAAGGUGCCGUAGUUGCCAAAAGUUUGCUCCUCAAACACUCUGCCCCAAGAACAAUUUAAUUCCUGUCACGGCGGCCUGGCCUUUCCAAAAAUGGGCAGUCGAUAUCGUGGGGCCAUUCCCGCUGGCCCCCGGGAAGCUAAAAACUUCAGAUUCAACAAAUCUUUACAUCGGUAGCACAUCCCCAGGGAAACGGCCAGGUGGAGCGGGCAAACAGGAGUUUCUUGAUGGAAUAAAAAGAAGGUUAGGUUACGAAGGGAGCUCUGGGGUGGAAGAACUGUCGAAUGUCCUCUGGGCACAUCGAACAAUGCCCAAGACAAGUAACAAUGAAACCCCCUUCAGCCUAACCUAUGGCACGGAAGUAAUGAUACCCACGGAAGUCGGAUUACCCUCGCUACGGCGCCUCACCACUAAUGAUGACAAUGACAGGCUCCUAAGGGAUGGCCUAGAUCUGCUGGAAGAGCGGCGUGAGGCAGCCGUCAUCAGCGAGGCAAAGUACAAGAAAACUUUGGAGAAGUACUACAACCAGCGCGUGGCUCAGCAUACUUUCAAGGAAGGCGAGUACGUCAUGCGUAACAAUGAAGCUAGUAGAGCGGAGCCCUCAGGCAAGCUGGGACCCAAUUGGGAAGGUCCAUAUGUCAUCCAAGAAGACCUCGGCAAAGGGGCCUACCGCCUGUCCAGACUAGAUGGUGUCGCGGUCCCGCGUAGCUGGAACGCGGCUCAAUUGAGUUAA